CGAUUGGCCUCAACCUGUAGACCUGUCUGGGAAGAGGACAGAGGCAGCAGGGGAGGGGUUGCUACAGAGCAGUGAACUAUCUGUAGAUGAAAACCAGUGAUUUAUCUGUUCCCUUGACUGUGCCCAGUCUAGUUUCUAAAUGCUAGAUAUGUGUUUGUGGCGUUGAGUGAAAGUGCAUGUUUAAUGGCAUUUUGGAAGUCUCCGCGGCGCUCUCCGGGUAGAAGAGGAGACAUUACGGCGCGAGUUAGCUAACGUUAGCUCGCUAACAAGGUCAGUUUGAAUUUUGGGUUCAGUCGGUGUUAUAGUAGUAGCAUCGUUAAAAAUGCCACCCUCGUCAUCUUUGCUAAGUCGACUCAUAUAGCUACAGAAUUAGCAUGGACUCCCGUCCGCUGACAGGACAGCUGGCUGAAAUGGCUAUCUAACAGGCUGCCAAAGAUCUCUUCAUGGAUCAAAGAGGACAACAAAGAGAAACCACUGCAUCUGUGAGCAUAGCCAAUAACUAAGGAAUCUGACCCACAAGCAUAUCAUCAGACUGACGUCCAUGCAUGUGGCCUCUUAAGUUGUUUAUAGACAUCUGUUGGGCAGCCCUACAGCCUAUUGCUAUGCACUAUAAACGGAAAGACAUGAGCUGUGGGAAUGCUGGGAGAAGCAGGCUUCUUUCUUGUAGAACUAUCCCUCUGGUAAUAGGGCUUCUGGUGACCAUGGCCCAGGGCACUGUGCCAGAACAGCAAGAGACACUGGUGGAGAUGAUAUCUGUGGAACUAGAGGCUUCUAUGCAGUCAUCUGUGCUCUCUGAGCUCCAAGCUGCAGCAUCUUUAGUUGGUGAGGGGCCGCCUACAGCUAUCCCAGAUUCCUCUGCAAAGAAUGGGGGAGUGCACACUGGCAUCCCUGACUCCUCGGCAAUCGUGGGCCAGGUGUUCCAGUUGAAGGUUCCCCCAGGACCUUCCAAUGCAACCUGUAAUGUCCAUCUCACUGAGAUGGGAAAGGAGACUUUACCCUCCUGGCUAUAUUGGGACAAAGAAAGCUGCAUUCUGAGAGGCUUGGCCCUGGAGAAGGAUAAAGGUGUGUAUCAUAUCUUGGUGUCUGGAGAGGAGAUAAUUGAGAAGACUGGCAGCCAAGUGUUCCCCAGUACGGUCUUCUCCAUUGAAGUGUACCCAGAAGAACGGGCAGACACUGAGCCAGCCCUACUCACUCUACAGUCUGAUAUCAGUGGCAUCCAGCCUUUCUCCUGUGGCUCUGAGGAGCUCGUAACGGUCCUCACUGUCAUCUUGGAUGCGGACUUGACAAAGAUGGUUGCUGAACAGAGGGUCAACUUACUGGGCAUUAUGAGAAAAUUCUCUCAUGUGCCCCUGGAGCACAUGAGGGUGGUCCCUGUUGUCAACAAUCGCUUAUUUGACAUGUCUGCUUUCAUGGCUGGACCAGGGAAUGCCAAGAAGGUGGUGGAGAAUGGGGCCCUACUGUCAUGGAAACUUGGAUGUGCCCUUGACCAGGGCAGUAUUCCUGACAUUAACAGCGUCCAUUCCUCAGCAAAGGAUGGGACCAUGUCAGCCAGGCUGGGAUACCCAGUGGUUGGCUGGCACAUUGUCAACAAAAAGCCCCAUGGAGUGAAACGGGUCAGACGGCAGUUGUACAAUACUCCUACUCCAGUGCCAUCCCUGCUUCCUCCGACUACUCACCCAGAGCCCCCUCUACGGGUUGUUCCCACCCCAACCUCGCCUUCUAUUGCCCCAGCAACAGACAACUCUGCUCCCCCUGUCCGAGGCCCUUUGCCUCUUCCAGUGAAGCCCACUAUGAAGGUCAGAGAUCAGAUAGCCCACACACCUGUUUUUGGACCUCCCCAACCCACAAGAGUACUAGCAACUACAAGCACCAUCCCUAUUCAGCCUACCAUGACCCGGCCUACAUUUGUGGAGGCCACUGCUCUGCCAACGCCACCAAGCACCACCAAAAGACCCAAACCCUCUACCACAAGGAAACCCAAGAAACCCAAAACCUCCACCCCAGCUCCCAGGGAACCUAAGUCCACCACUACGAAACCACCCAAACGCACCACUCCUCUCUCUUUGGCUCCAGACUUAAAUCAAAACCCAGAGAUUCGCAACGCCAUUGAUCAGGUGAAUGCCUGGGUUGGCACAUACUUCGAGGUUAAGAUUCCUCCUGAUACAUUCUUUGACAGGGAGGAUGGUACUACUGAUAAGCUGCGUUUGACUUUGAAAAGGACCCCCAAAGAAGCAGUGAGUGAAACAUCCUGGAUACAAUUCAACAGCACUAUCCAGCUCUUGUACGGCCUCCCAGAGGAGCAGCAUGAGGGGAAACAUGAGUACUUUAUGUUGGCCACUGACAAAGGUGGGAAGAGCAUCAUGGAUGCAUUUGAGGUUCAAGUCAACCGUUGGUCUACUAAUGACAAACCAUCAGUUGUGUUUGCUGCUCGUUUCCAUGGUGACCCCAAAAUGUUAAGCAAUGAUGUCCAUAAGAAGAUUCUUUUGACCAAAAAGUUAGCUUAUGCCCUUGGUGAUCGCAACAGCAGCACAGUAACCCUGGGAAGCAUCACUAGAGGCUCCAUUGUGGUGGAAUGGACAAACAACAGUCUGCAACAGAGUCCUUGUCCAAAGGACCAGAUCACAGUUCUCAGCAACAGGAUCUCUGAUCCCCAAGGGACACCUAAACUGGCCUUCAUCAAAGCCAUGGAGCCUGAAUUCAAACCCAUAAACAUCUCCAUUCGAGGCACCAAUAAAUGUCAGAGCUACACAUUCAUCCCACCAGGAGAGGUGCCUAUGCCUGUUCUUCCUACAGCUACACCUUCACCUGGGACAGGUCGUAGGAGCACUGACGACGUUUACCUACACACCGUCAUUCCCGCUGUAGUGGUAGCUGCCCUGCUGCUCAUAGCUGGUAUCAUUGCCAUGGUCUGCUACCGCAAGAAGCGCAGAGGGAAGAUGACCAUAGAGGAGCAGGCCACUUUCAUCAAGAAAGGUGUUCCCAUAAUAUUUGCAGAUGAGUUGGAUGAUUCCAAGUCGCCACCGUCCUCCAGCAUCCCUCUUAUCCUUCAGGAGGAAAAGCCCCCACUUCCCCCUCCAGAGUACCCUAACAUGGCUGGCCCCCACAGUACCCUGCUUAACCAGGAUCUACUGGAGGAGUAUUCCAUCUAUCAAGAUGAUGAUCCUAAUGCACCUCCUUACCAACCCCCACCACCAUUUACUGUCCCCAUAGAGGGCAAAGGCUCUCGCCCCAAGAACAUGACCUCAUACAGGUCCCCACCUCCCUAUGUGCCUCCCUAACGCAUGCUAGAGCUUUCAGUUUGGAAAGCAGGUGCAAUGUAGGGAUGCUUGUUGAAAACUACUACAGGAGUAAUUUUACGUGUUUGAUGAAAUGGCUUUGACUUUGUAGAGGAGCAGGCAACCAUACCCACAUUGACCAUCAUGGAUAAGACACUGUAUCGUACAAUUCUAAUACUGGCACAGGGCAAAUGGAUGGGGAACAGUUUAUAAUUCCAGCACUUUUUUUUUUUUGUUGUCCUUCAGAUCUGCUUUUGACUUCUUGCAUAUUCUUUUUCGUCUGUUUUUUUUGCCAAGAAGAGUCAAUUUUAUCUUCAAUGAUGUACUAUUUCUAUUGUAUAGAAAAUAAUAAAGAAGCCGACUGAAGCCCACAGGGCCAUUGAGCAGAUGUCACCAUGACAACUGACUUGAGGCUCUCCCUCACAAUGUUAAUCUUUAUGAGUUCUAUAUCACUCUUAUCUGUCCUUCGGCUAGGUUUACUAAGAUUUUGCACCUGUUAUUUCUAGAGGGGAAUGAGAUACAAGAAGCCAAACUGAAAGCAUGAAAAACUUUAUUUACACAAAAAUCUGUUUGUUUCCUAGACUUUGAUUCCUGUUUUUUCCUCUGCUUUGCUCCCUCUUGACAAUAACAUGCAAACCUUGCACUUAUGCAACUUCUUGUUAAACCUUGCACUAUGUGUCUUGCGCAUAAUUGAACGCGGUAAGUGGUAGUCCAAUAAGGAAAAAAUAUUUUCUUUUUGUAUCCUUGAACUUACCACAUGACUGAGAUUUCUCUGGUACUUGAUCACAAAGGCCAUCACACUGAUCAUGCCUGUUGUAGAUGUAGCCUAAUUAAGUUUAGAAAACAAAUAAUUACUUAUUUUUUUUCCUUUUUGUUAAUGUGUGUGCCACUGAACCUGCCUGUGCGAUGAUUGGUCUUGCUGUUGCCAAGGUGAUGCCUGUGGUCACACAGCAAACCAUGUGGGGUUGUUACAACAAUAAUGAAGGGGCCAAUGGAAUGCUGUGGUUCAUAGCGGGGGUGAGAAUGGUGACAUCGAGCUGGAUCCACUGUCUUAUUUCAGUUAGUUUUGUUAGUAUGAGCGGUGUGUGGGCUUAGAGUACUGUAUUAUCACUGCUCUGCCUCUAGGUGUUGCACUGUUAUGUUAAGUGCACUGCCUGUUGUCAGGUCAGAUGAGGCAUGGGGACAAGGGGAUGUACAUAAUUGUGUGCCUGUGAAAUUAAACAACUCCAUAAUGUUAGUGUUUUAUCAGUAAACCUAGUAGGGAAAGGGAGGGCCAGGGUGGGAAAUCAUUUUAUUUUUUAAUUGUAGGUCUAGAUUUAUGAUCACAAUCAUGGAAAAAAAAUGACUUUAUAGUUUGUAAGGGUACAAAAAAAUCAUUUACCUGCCCUUCACAAAAAAUAAUGCAUUAUAUCAAUAUGAUGGGGAUCAAAGAAACCACAACAAUAUGUGAAUUAUGUACAUUUCAUAUCUGAUAUCACCAUAAGAAAAAAUGGUUAAAAAUCUAAUGUUUUUACUGAGUUUUUGAUACAGUCUUAAACUUGUUUUAUGAAAAUAUAUUAAUAAAAUGUAAUACUAUUUGUAAAGCCUCAAAGAUGGUGUAUAGUCACUUUUUUAUUUGAGAAAAUGGAACUGGAUUAAAUAUUGUUUUCAGUAUACAUGUCUGUGCAUACGUGUAUUAAAGGGCUGACGGACGCAAUUCAAAGAUAAAUUAGAAUGCAAUAUACAUUAAAUUCAAAAUGUACUAUACAAAUACUACUUUAUACAAUACAUGUUAUACUGUAUUUAUGGUCAAAAGCAGUAAUGGGCUUGGUUACAAGUGGGAGUAUUAAGUGCAAACUAUGAGAUAUGUUAGGGUUAGCAUUUUUAAGUUAUAAGUAGGUUUGAAAUAACAUACACCGCACUUGGCUUUCCAAAUUUAUUUUGUCAUCAAAUAUGAUUCCUGUCAUUUGUAGCCUUGCUUUACAGUAUGUUGUCACAUUCUUGUUUAUAGAAGCUAUGAUAGGGUCCAAUGGUUAGCUGGUUUUGGCUAUAACAUGAGCUGUACACUUUGUUGUAAUAAACCAAAUACACAGCAGGCA